GUGGGAGGGUUAAGCGAGUCACUUAAGUAGUGAUAAGAAGACAAUUAAACGACUCGAGGACACGUCGAAAAAGUGUUUGACUGAAGGAGCUGAAGUUUCAACAGAAAAACACACCAAGAUAAAUAAAAUAAAGUCUAAACUACAAGUGGAAUGUUACCACUUGUUUGAAGCCACCCUCCCUGUCCAUCACAAAUAACUAGUUCACCCCCUAAUUCUUUCUGUGAUGACGCAAACAUAGAUAAGCCAAGAGGCAACUAAAAAGGCAUUUUAACUAUCCUGCUAGACCGAGUCAAAGGAAGAAUCCCAACAAUCUCCAUCACCUCUUACCUGCUUCGGUUCCAUAAUCCUGUAAACAAGAUAAUAAAGUUGCAUUGUUCUCUGUAGGUGUACUCAAGAUCUUUUUACAUCCUUUAUUUAGUCCCAAUAAAGGACUUGUGUGUCUUAUUUUAUAUAAAAAAAACUUGAUCUACAUAACUGGAGUGGCACACCGUUAGUCAAUUAGAAACAAUGGGAAAACAUUCUUAUAUCUUCUUACUAGCUUUGAAAAAAAUUCCCAUCAUACACCAGUGACUUGUCAAAAUGUUCAUGUUCUUGGGGUUUCUCCCUAAAGUCCGGAAAGGAUAAAAUUAGACUUUACAAGAACUAAGAAGAGCCUUCCUGUUCAGAGCUGUUCCUCAUUCUGGAAUGAAGCAAAACUUGUAAAGCCCUCCCACUCUUGCCUUAUAUUUUCAGAUGAAACCAAGCGUCUUCAGUCAUUUCUCAUCACUCAGCUAUCAGGUCACUGCUCCAGACAACAUGGCUGAAGGGAUUCACCUCGAACGGGAGAGAUUCUGCUGCUCGUUGUGCUCUGAUUUGUUUAAUAAUCCGGUGACUGUACCUUGCGGACACUGCUUUUGCAUGAGCUGCAUCAAGAAGCACCUGGAUAAUGAGCAAGCAGUUGGGAUCUACAGCUGCCCUCGGUGCAGGGAGAACUCUAUGCAAAGGCCUCAACUGGUCAAAAAUGACAUGAUAGCACAUAUUGUGGAGCAGAUGAGGAAACCGAGGCAGACUUCAGAGACACCUUCAUGCUAUCCUGGAAGUGAAGAUGUAGCCUGUGAUUUCUGCACUGAGAAAAAACUCAAAGCUGUAAAAUCCUGUCUGCAAUGUUUGGCUUCGUAUUGUGAGGAACACCUUCAGCAUCAUAAGGACGUGCCCGCCCUCAGGAAACACAGGUUGGUGGAAGCAACAGCAAAUCUUGUGGAGAGUAUCUGCUUUCAACAUCACGAAGUCAUGAAGCUGUUCUGCCAGACUGAUCAGUGCUGCAUCUGUAAUGUCUGCUCAGAGGAUGGACACAGAGGCCAUAAAAAAGUCUCCACAGAAGCAGAAAGAGCCGAGAAGGACAGAGAGCUUCAGGUGGCUCGGCAAAACAUCCAGCUGAGAAUCCAGGAGAAAGAUAAAGAUGUGAUGGCUUUUAAACAGGAAGAGGACGAGAUUUGUCAGUCAGCUGACAGUGCACUGAUCACCACCGAGAAGGCUUUCACAGAGCUCAUUUAUAUGAUUGAGAAAAAGCUCUCGCAUGUAAAAGAAGGCAUCCUGUCAAGGCAGAACGCCGAUGUGGGUCGGUAUAAAAAUGUUCGGGAUAAGCUGGAGGAUGAGAUUGCCAAGUUGACUAGAAAAGAUACCGAGCUGGACAAGCUUUCCCGUACAGAGAACCACACUCACUUUCUAUUGCAUUAUCACUCAUUGGCUCAUCUGGAUGAUUAUAAAUACCAACCCAUUUACAAGCUUCGCCGUCAACGUAACUUUGACAGAGUUUCAGUGGUUGUGUCGGAAGCCAGAAAUAGGCUGGAGGCGGUCCUUAAUGAAGAAGUGUCUAAGAUUCUGUUUGCAAUAUCCGGGACCAAUGGUGUCCCACCAGUUCCUCAAGCCGAGCCAGAGGCUGUUGCCUCUCCUGUCCAGACCACAGCUGAGUUUGUAAAAGGCAGAAUCCUCCAAAACAGAACAAGCCCCACGUCUCCUAGAUCUGAACUUUCACAGAACAAAGAGAAUUUCAUUCAAUUCAAUGGGGAUCAUGUCGAUUCUAACCCUUUUCCAUCCAGAGGCACCCCCAAAGUUAGCAAAAGGAACUUUUUACUAGCCAAGCCUUACCCUGAGAGUAAUGGCCAUGACUUCCUACCGAUCAAAACCAGCCCCAAAUCAAACUUUUCAAAGCCUCCUGAAAAGGCUCUCAGACAGGACUCUUCCUCAACCAGUGCUUCGCUCCGCUUUACCAAACAUAAAAUGUCACGGGCCAAAGCUGACGUCUUUGAAAGCCAAGGUGACAUAAAAAAAAAAGUGGAUUUGAUGGGGACCAAUCAAAUAAUUAGAAGUUUGUCUCGGUGUAGUCUGAACAAUGCUGAUUUUAUGCGACUCACACCUGAAAUUCUACUGGACAGAGUGUCGACCAGAGACAAACUUAUACUGAAUAGAUCUGACUUCUUACGUGUUGCUAAACAGAUCACGUUAGAUCCAAACACUGCCAACCCGCAUCUGCUAAUAACAAUGGAGAACAGAGAAGUACACUACAUGACGGAUGAACUGCCGUAUUCUAACCACCCAGAAAGGUUUGCAUAUUCCUGGCAAGUCCUGAGUAAGCAGAAUCUGACCGACCGAUGUUACCUGGAAGUGGAGGGAAGUGGAAGAGGAGUUAUGGUGGCACUCGCUUACAAGGACAUCAGCAGAACUGGAACCUUCAAUGAAUGCACAUUUGGGCAAAAUGACAAGUCCUGGGCCUUAGAUUGUUUCGAAAACAGUUUUGAAUUUAGACAUAACAAGAUCAAAACUCGCAUCCCAGGCACAUGGUCCAGCAGAGUAGGAGUUUACUUGGAUUACAAAGAAGGUCUUCUGUCCUUCUACAGUGUCUCUGAAACCAUGACUCUUCUCCAUGAAGUCAAGGCUAAAUUCACUCAGCCGCUCCAUGUUGGAUUCUGGCUCUCUGAUGGAGCAUCAGCCAAAGUGUGCAAGUUCAGUUAGGCUGCUGUUUCUCUUUGAUUGUUCAGAAAAAUAAAAACCUUAAACAGGUGAUUGAAAAUGCAAAUAUGUAACUGAAAUAUUUUUAUGUAAAUACUGAUAAAGGUCUAAACAUCUACACUUUGUGAACAUUGCAGAUUUUUUUAGAGAACCUUGUUAGAGAGAACUCUGUUCAACCUAAUAUUUUAUCUCUUCAAAUUCAUCAGUAGAAAUUUCAUAUUUCAAAUUUUCACAUUUCUUUCUGCAUGUUUAAAUUCUCUAUAAAACAAGUGUAGACAAUUUCUUUAUUGCUGAUGUAACUUUUUUUAAACCAAAGACUACUGAAAUCACCUGUAAUAAAUGUAUUGUUGGUGGUAAAAAUUUGUUUCGUGUUAGACUUAUUAGCAUCAUUAUUAUUGUAAAUAUUAUUAUUUUUAGUGGUAGUUGCAGUGUUUUAUUUUGAAGUCUUUUUAAACUUUAUAACCUUUCUUUUUAGCAUGAAAUUAAAACACAGUUUUAAUUAAAAGCCGUGUGUCAUGGUUUUACUUAAUUCAGGAAAAUUACCUGGCAGAGGUUUGUUUUUGCAUUUGAAGUGUAGAUAUGUGCAAUACUGUUUGUUCUUAUUUUUUCAUUCAUUUUAUUCGUAAUAAAAGUAAAUGAAGAAAAUUUGUUUUCUUCCUGAAAAAUUAAACUGUUUAAUUACACUGAUUUGUAGUUUACUGCUGUGCAUAAAAUUAAUGCAGGUCUAGAUAUGUAACAGGAACAAAUAACAUGAUGGUGUAUAUAUUUAACAUUUUUAUGAAAUACUGACGUAAAUGUAAAAAAAAUAACUGCUUUUAUCUGUGUAAACAUAAAUAAAUAAGCUGUAAUUUCUGUGGAAAAUGUUAAAGUACUUUAUUCUGUCUGAUGGAA